GGUCUUGCAAGGCGCGCAGGCGCUGGGAGUGCGAGGGGCGGCAGGCAUGGACGAUGAGGAAGAGACUUACCGGCUGUGGAAGAUCCGCAAGACCAUUAUGCAGCUGUGCCAUGACCGAGGCUACUUGGUGACUCAGGAUGAGCUAGACCAGACACUAGAGGAGUUCAAGGCCCAGUUUGGGGACAAGCCGAGUGAAGGGCGGCCACGGCGUACAGACCUCACAGUGCUGGUGGCCCACAAUGAUGACCCCACCGACCAGAUGUUUGUCUUUUUCCCAGAGGAGCCCAAGGUAGGAAUCAAGACCAUCAAGGUGUACUGCCAGCGCAUGCAGGAGGAGAACAUCACCCGAGCCCUCAUCGUGGUGCAGCAGGGCAUGACGCCCUCCGCCAAGCAGUCCCUUGUUGACAUGGCCCCCAAGUACAUACUGGAGCAGUUUCUGCAACAGGAGUUGCUCAUCAACAUCACAGAGCAUGAGCUGGUCCCAGAGCACGUCGUCAUGACCAAGGAGGAGGUGACAGAGCUACUGGCCCGAUAUAAACUCCGAGAGAACCAGCUGCCCAGGAUCCAGGCUGGAGACCCUGUGGCUCGCUACUUUGGGAUAAAGCGAGGGCAGGUGGUGAAGAUUAUCCGGCCCAGUGAAACUGCAGGCAGGUACAUUACCUACCGGCUGGUGCAGUAGCCACCCUACUGUCCAACAGCCCCGGGAGUCAGACAAGUGGACUGUGACCACUCCACCCUGGACAGUUGGUGGCUUGCCCUACAGGAAUCUGCUCCACCCCGGAAACCUACCCUGUGUUCUCUGGACCCCAAGGCAGGCUGCUUGUUUUCCUUUCCUGGGCUGAGGGCCCUCGUGGUCUGACCUGGACACUGAGCCCCACCUGGGGUCCCACGUAAUGGUGCCUCAGGAGGGGAAAGGAUUCUGAGGGGAGGCCAGGGGGCCAGCCAGCAACCUAGACAGUCCUAGGUUCUUGCCUGUCUCCCGGGCACCCUGAACUGGCUCCCCACAAAAAGGACCCGGGUCCGAGUCUCUCAUCAGCCCUCACUUCCUUCCACUUCCCAGCUCCGUGCUGCCCUCGUCAUGGCCCUGUCCCUGACCAACUGUGAGCACUGUGAGGGCAGCAGGCAGGGAGGUUAACAUGAAUCUGGAUUUUGAGUUGGUGUUGAAUGCUGGUGUUUUAAAAUUAAAGAUAACUUUUAGUAAACAA